GAGGACGUUAACGUUGGCAAAUAUUUUUAUAUAUAAACAGCAGAACUAGUGAGCUAGUAAUUCAGUCUUCAAAAGUCAACCAAACACAAAAGAUGAAAAUAAUAAUUUUGUUGCUCAUUUCUUUCAUAGCUUUUUCAAAAGCUAUUGACAAAGAUCCUGAAACAUUGGUGGCUAUAAGAGAUCCAUGUCCAUAUCGCAUGAACUGUGCAGUUAUUCGAAUCGUAUGCUCACCAGGAACAGUUUUUGAUAUGAAUCCAAGAGGUUGCUGUUGCAAACCGUUAUGCACUGGCCAAAACGAAGUCUACACCUGUGGAUGUGCUGAUAAAGUUUGCAAUGAACCACAAAUUAUGUGUAUCAGAUGUCUUAAUGGAUGUUUUUGCAAACCAGGAUUUGUUCGUCAUCCUAAAACUAAACAAUGUAUUCCUGAAAAAUUAUGCCCAUUGGCUUUGAUUGAAGAAGCUUUAUAAUUUAAUUAUAAUUUAAAGUCAAACUUAAUAAAUAGAAUAGAAUAAAAAA